GAAGUACAGUUCCACGCUCGGCUCCCUGUCUUAUCUUCCGGUAUAGAGAAGAAUCAUGGCUGCAGAAGGGGAUGUGGAGCUGGAGCUAGAAACAGAGGAGAACUGCAGUGAGCGGCCGGCGGAUAAACCCCGCAAACAUGACAGCGGGGCGGCGGACCUGGAGAGGGUCACCGACUAUGCGGAGGAGAAGGAGAUCCAGAGCUCCAACCUGGAGACGGCCAUGUCAGUGAUUGGAGACAGGAGGUCAAGGGAGCAAAAAGCAAAGCAAGAAAGAGAAAAGGAACUAGCUAAAGUUACCAUCAAGAAGGAAGAUGUCGAGCUUAUUAUGAACGAAAUGGAGAUUCCCCGGUCGUCAGCAGAACGAAGUUUGCGGGAACAUAUGGGAAAUGUAGUAGAAGCGCUCAUCGCUCUCACUAACUGAGCCUCUAGUUGUUACAAGAACUCUCUCUUGAUGCUUUACGUAUCAUCCAGUAAAACAUAGGACUGAAAGGAGUAAAAAAAAAACAAAUCCCAACAUCUAGGCAAGCUGGGCCUUGUAGUUCCACACCAGACUCACUUCAGUGGUUAUCUAUGUAAAUUGUCGUUUCUGGGCUCUAUGCAGCUAAAUAUUUACAAAUGCCCCAGGAUUGUCUGUCAUUUGCCUAAACCAGUAGACUUGACCUUAAAUUAUUGUGUAUAAGAAUAGUGAAUGAUCAAAGUAACAAAAUUAUUGGCCGAGUGACUUUUUCACCCCCAUUUGGUAUGUUUAAUACACAAAACCAACCCAGUUUAGUUUGAGAUGUGAAAUAAAGUUCUUUUUAAAACCUAUUACGUUGUCAAUCAUCGUAUCUUAAGAAAACCGCUGCCACUAAUAACAGGUAUUGUCUGGUAAUAAGCUACUGGACAACUGGGUCCUACCAUUCCAUUGUCAAAAGGGUGUGUUAAAUUUGGUCACUGUCCUACUGUAUCUACUGUUCACUUUGCCUAAAUAAUAAACUUGCCUUUUAGAA